AUGCCACCCGAGCGAUUUGAAUUCUUCUUCGAUCUCCCGCCCGAGAUCCGCGAGCAGAUCCUGUCGUACCUCUGCCUCUUUCCCACGGGAAUCUGGGUCGGGGGUGGCGUCGGCGGCAAGAGCAUCGCCCUCAGCCCUGCCGCCGCUGCUCUGCUCAUGGGCAAAAUGCCCACAGGCCCGCAGCGUACUGCGACUAGGAAGUCCAGAAGCACGCACAACGGAAUUGGCGGUAACGUAGAUAUCAGUUGUGGUGGUGGUGGUGGUGAUAGCGGUGGUGGUGAUGAUGGUGCCUACGGCCUGGGAGACUGCAACGCAGACCCGCCCGUUAACCUCUUCCUGGCGUCUCCCAUCCUCUACCGCGAAGCCGGCGACCUGUACUACGGCCGCAACCUCUUCCACUUCGCCUUCUCCCUGUGCACCUGGGGCAGGAAAAAGCUACAGCAACAGCAAGGACAUGACCAGGACAAGGAGAAGGCGAAGAUGCAGCAGGAGCAGCAGCAGGGAGACCGGCCGAUCAGCGCCGCCGCCGCCGCCCGCAACGCCCCGCGCGACCCCUCGGGGGCGGCCCUGGCGCGGUUCCUGACACACGCGGACACAGUGCGCGCGCGGCGGCGGGUGCGCAGUGCCGUCGUCCACCUCGGGCGGCUUGGCGGCCUGGUAGAGGACCUAGUGGUGCCCGCGCUGGCGGACCUGGCGCUGACGGGCGCGCUGCGGCGGCUGGGCGUGCACAUCGGCGGCGAGCUCUUCCUGUGUGUGGGCCACCCCCCGGAAGCGCUGAGCCUCGUCGUCGAUCGCGAGGAACGCCCGCACCAGCAGCAGUUGCUGCAGCGGCGGCAGCAUCUAGGGGGCCGGGACGACCAAGAUGGCGCCCUGGCGGAGAACCCGGCACUGCGGGCGCUGCUGGUGCUGCUGGCGGAUCCAAGCCUGGAGAAGGCCGAGCUGCGCGUCCUGUGGCCGCACCGCGACCGGUUCUGGUGCAACUUCCAUCCCGGGGGCUGGUUGGACGAACGGGGCUGCCGCUGCGCCGUACCCGGGAGGCGCCUGAGCGGUCCAUACGAAGGCGCACUCGUCGAGAUGGAUAUUCCCAGGCUCGUGGACGCCUUUGCCGGUGACGCGGCGGCCGAGUUCAACAUCAAAAAGGUCGGGUGA